UUUGUCCACUGGUUAUUGGAGGGGGAACCGGGCAGUGACAGGAGCGGAGCCGAGAGGAGGAUGAGGAGAGCCGGGCCGGUGCAGCUGCGUCAUGGCCUCCAGCUCCACGGACAUCGUCAGACAGGGCUACGUGCGGAUGAAGAGCAGGAAACUCGGGAUCUACCGCCGCUGCUGGCUGGUGCUCAGGAAAUCCUCCAGUAAGGGACCCUGGAGACUGGAGAAGUAUCCGGAUGAGAGGUCAGUCCUCCUGCGCAUGUGCCCAAAGGUGAUGGAGAUCAGUAAUGUUAAAUGCAUCAUGCGGCUUCCUAGAACAAAGCGACAAGCGGUGGCAUUAUCUUCUGCGACGACCUCGCCCCGCACCUUCACCUGUGAUUCAGAGCUGGACGCUGAGGAGUGGUUCAAGGUGCUGUCCAUGGACUGUCCGGGCACACGGGUCACAGACUGUAAUGUCGGAGAACCAGACCUGCUGACUCCAGGAGUGCAGAGUGAACAGACAGAACGCUUCAACGUCUUCCUGCUGCCAUCGUCCAUCCUGGAAGUGUACGGAGAGUGCAAGAUGCAGAUAACGGAAGAGAACCUCUACCUCUGGGACCCUCACAAGCCUCGCACCAAGCUGCUGUCCUGGCCCCUCUGCACCCUUCGACGAUAUGGGAGCGACUCCUCACGCUUCACAUUUGAGGCAGAGCGGGUGUGUGGGAUCAGCGAGGGACUCUUCACCUUCCAGACCCUUCAAGGACAGCAGAUCUAUGAGCGAGUGCACACGGCCGUCCUGGCUCUGGCUGAACAGCACAAGAGUCUCCUUCUCGAGAUGGAAAAAAAUUCCCGGCUACUGAACAAAGAACCCGAGAAUGUGCCUCACCCUGGUCCCAGCACCUCCAUGCUGCCCCGCAGUGCAUACUGGCAUCACAUCACCAGCGGACAGAGCAGCACAGAGUCUUCCAGCAGCAGACCUCACAGUGGAAGAGAUUCAGAUCCCAUUCCAAGAAGGACAUUUGCUCGGAAACUGCCCACAUCAGCCUCACAGUGACCAGACGUGGACUCUAGGACAAGGGCCACACAAUGGAUGGAGCGGCCCCUAAAGCGCAAUGUUCGUUGGAGGGGCGAUUCUGGAGAAAUAUCAGUUUUGCACUAUAAAACAAAAGUUCU